AAUACACACAUUGGGCACCCGUGCAGCUCGGAGACCGCUACACCGGUAAUAAAUAUAGCAUAAAAAGCAAACGGGGAUUUAAAACCCGCAUACACAGGGUCAUGACUGAAAACGAGACGGAAAGCGAACCUCAGAAUACAGAACUCCAGAGGUCGCCUGGUUCUGUGUGCAGCCAGCAGGAAACAAAGUUUCAACGAUUAAAGAGAUCCCUUUCCUUCAAGACCAUCCUCAGAAGCAAGAGCGUUGAAAAUUUCUUCCAACGGUCCAACAGUGAUGUGAAAUUCCCACCAGAGAUCCUGCCUCCUCCACCUACUCCCCCACCAACUCCACCCAGUUCGUUCCAACAAGCGGACCCCAAUGUUAACGAACCAUCAGCAAGGAAAUCCCACCAGGACAUUCUGCCCCUCAAAUCAGUAAGGAUGCACAACUUUCAAGAAUUUGUCUUCAAAAAGCCCACAUUUUGUGACAUCUGCCAUCACAUGAUUGUAGGGUAUUCAAAACGUGGAUGGCGAUGCAAACUCUGUAAAAUCAAUGCUCACCCACAAUGUGGAGAGGAUGCGUGCAGGCAACAGUGUGUGGGGAAAUUGCCAAUGGGAUUCCGGCGGAAUUUUAGCUCCCCACUUCUCAUCUAUGAACAGUACGGAUUUGUUAAGGAGGCCAUGCCAAUGGCCUCAAGCAGUAAAGUGGACCCAGUGUAUGAAGCUCUCCGAUUUGGGACUUCUCUUGCCCAGAUGAGCAGGUCAAGUUUUGGGAGCUUCUCAGAGUCUCCAACAAAGAAUUUGGGUUACAAUGGGGACAUUGCAGAAGAGCCAGACCUUGGUACAAAUUGCUCUGCAGAGAAUGAGAGGCAGAAAGACACUGAGCCCAUGGAGAAUGGAACAAUUGAAACAGAAGAUAAAAAGGAAAGCUCUGUGCCCAUUCAGACUAGGAAGCCCUCAGUGCGUAAAGACGUGCUGCAGAUGCAUACAUACGUAGCGCUGUACAAGUUUGUACCGCAGGAGCAAAAUGACUUGGGACUACGGCAAGGAGACAGGAUUGUGGUCACGGAUGACUCCAAUGAAGACUGGUGGAAGGGUAAAAUCGGGGACCGAGUGGGAUUUUUUCCGGCCAACUUUGUUCAGCGCAUCCGACCUGGAGAGAAAGUCUGGCAGUGCAAUAAAACAUUUCAAGGCAGCAAAGAGCAGGGGCAGUUGCCCCUGAAGGAACUGCAGAUUUGUGUCGGUCGAGCAGAAGAAACAAAUGGGUUUAUCAAGGUGUGCAGUGGCAAGAAAAGGGGAAUCGUGCCAGCAGACAUACUGAAUGAAAUUUGACCUUUUCUUACCCUCCAAAUUAAGCACGACCAUGACCGCCUCCAAACGGAAUAUAUGCAGCAGAUUAUGUACCUAACAUUUAGCUCACUCUAUUGUGUCUGUCUCUCUUUGCCACCACACUGCAUCAGUCAGCUGGAGAUUGGUUGGUCCACAAUAACACAACUGGCAAUCCUUCUCCUCGACCCAUGACAUGCAGCUAUCAGUGCACAUUGAAACUCGUAGAAUGAGAGCUGAAUACUGAAUUGAACUCUGCUGAAGAGGCAGUCAGACAGCAGUUUUCACCAUGUUAUCCAGUCUGCUCUUUGCCAAGACACCAUGCAUUUUAAAACACCAGAGCAACCCCUAAGGUCACCUACAGUUUGUCCAUUCUCUACGCACAGAGGAAACGGCCCAAAAUUGCCCCACCUCUUCAUGGCAACCAACACUUUGUCAUCAUUGUUGAUAUUUUCAGAACUUUUUUUUUUGGUUUACUAAAAUGUUGGACAUUUUGGCUCUGGGUAUACAUUGGGGAUAACAGGUUGGGUAACAAAAAUGUAAAUUAAGCAACGCACACAAAUGCUGGUGGAACACAAGGGUCUUGCAAAGGGUCGCGGCUCGAAACGUCGACAGCGCUUCGCCCUAUAGAUGCUGCCUGGCCUGCUGCGUUCCACCAGCAUUUUGUGUGUGUUGCUUGAAUUUCCAGCAUCUGCAGAUUUCUUCAUGAAGUGUAAAUUAACUUUGCUUGGUGUCAGGACCCUUGGAUUCAGUUUCAACUCAGAGUUUAAUUGAGGGGAGAGGAUUGGUGCAGUGCGAGGAAGGGUAGAUAGCAGAAGGUCAGAGUUUCAGGCCCUGGAUAUAUUACCUCCUUAGCUAAAUUUAAUUGUGGCUGGUCCACUUACUGUACCAAAUAUAGGCCAGAUCCUUGGCAAAACCCAGUAAAAAGGCCAUGCCUUGUGAGCAUGGAAGAGAAUGGGAAUGGUUGUACCCUGUUCUGAUCACUUUAUCCAUGUUUAUUUAUGGUUGACCCUGAUUAAACCACAUGCUACAUCUCUGAAUGGCAUAAUUUUCCAAGGCUUCUAUCUGUUUUUGUUAAUUGCCUGAUGUUCCUUUUAAGCCAUAUGGCAUAAGAUAGAAUUACAGAACUGUACAAAUUCAGAUUUAUUUAUCACACGUGCAUCGAAACAAACAGUAAAAGGCAGUUUGCAUUAACAACCAGCGCAACCUAAGGUUGUACUCCCAUGUCACCACACAUUCCAGCACCAAAAUAGCAUGCCACAACAUUCAGCAGAACAAUGCAAGCUGCAACAGCAAUAAAAUAAAACAACAGAAGCAAAACAAGCCCUUUUUCCACCCUCCCAUCCACAGAUAGGCCUACAACCCCAGGAUAGGCAGCCUCUGGGCCAACAGUCUUUGGCCAUGGACUCCUGACUCAUAAACAUUGAACUGGACCACAAACCUCUAGUCCCUGGCUCAGAAUCACAGACUCAAAAACAUUGGGCUCCUAACCUGCAGAUAAGCUGAUAUGGGGCAUUGAUCCUUAGGCUUUGACCUCUGGACUUACUGACUAAAGGAUGAAGAAAAGCCCUUAUGGCCCACCUUGUCCACAUUGCCCUUGCUACCUGUCUAUGCUAAUCCUAUUUGCCUGCAUUACACCCAUUUUCCCCUAACUCCUUUCUAAUCCAAUUAACUGUCCAAAUGCCUUUCAAACAUUAUAAUAGUAUCCUCCACCACUGCCUCUGACAGCUCUUUCCAGAUACACACCACAUUCAACUUAUCCAUCAGAUGUCCUCUGAAUUUCUCCCAUUCACCUUAUAUUUUUCCCCUCUAGAUUCAGGAUCUGAGUGGAGAACUAGGGAGCUAUUUUGGGCAAAUUAAGUUGGAUAUUGUAGACCUUGUGAUGCUGCUGUUCCAAGAUUGAUGUAUUUAAUGCAGUCUUUACUCUUCACAAUAAGAAUCCAGUGAAGGGUUGUCGCUGCAUUCUUUGCAUCUCAGUUUUCAAUUUUGGAAGGGAAUUCUCAAUUGGAUUCCCUUAGCAAUUUUUCUUAGAAUAGUGAAAAUAGGAAAAGAUGUUCCAUAAGAUCAUUGGCUGUCUGAUUCUGGUCCAAUUCCACUUCUUUGCCUAACCUGUUCUCUUCUUCUCACUUGCCCAUCAUCUUGCUCUGGUGCCCCCUCCUCUUUCCCUUUCUUCCAUGAUCCACUCUCUUCUCCUAUCAGAUUCCUUUGUCUUCAGUCCUUCAAAUUUUCCACCUAUCAUCUCCAGCUUCUCGCUUCAUUCCCCUGUUCCCACCCACCUGGGCUCACCUAUCACCUGUCAACUUGUACUCCUUCCACUCCCCCCCCCCCCCCACCCCACCUUCUU